AUGAAGAAACGUCUCCAUUUCCCAUUGCUUCUCCUCCUCCCCUUUCAAAUUAUUCUAUAUUGCAGCACUAACAGGGUAGGGGCUGUUGAUGCUGAUACAGAUACUCUUGCACUUCUAUCUUUCAAGUCCGUAGUCUCUGACUCCCAAAAUGUUCUUUCUGGGUCUGCACUUGGUUUGGUGUCACUUGUGCCAACAACGGAACUAGAGUUCUGUCACUUCGUCUUGCUGGUUAUGGUCUCUCUGCUCCAACAUUUUGGAAACCUCACCUCUCUUACUGUUCUCAGCCUAGCAAGAAACCAAUUCUUCGCCGAAAUCCCAAAUGAGCUGGGUCAUCUCCAUAAUCUUCAAAGACUUCAGCUCUCAGAGAAUCAGUUUGAGGGAAAGAUCCCUUAUUCCAUCUACAACAUCUCUUCUUUGAUCUACUUAUCUGUAACAGAAAAUAUGCUUGUUGGAGAACUACCAACUGAUAUGGGCCUUGUACUUCCAAACCUGGCAGAAGUCUACUUAGCACAUAACCAGCUGGAAGGGCCAAUUCCCAGUUCUUUCUCUAAUGCUUCACAAAUUCAAGUCCUAGACUUUUCUUCAAACCACUUUCAAGGGCCAGUUCCUCUACUUGGUAACAUGAAUAAUCUUAGACUCCUACAUCUUGGCCUGAAUAAUCUCUCUUCCACCACCAAGCUUAAUCUUCAGGUAUUUAAUUCACUAGCAAACUGUACACAGUUGGAGUUUCUAUAUCUUAAUGAUAACCAGCUAGCUGGUGAGCUUCCAACUUCAGUUGCGAAUCUUUCUACUCAUCUCCUUGAAUUUUGCUUUGGCAGCAAUUUUCUGACUGGUAGCAUUCCCCGAGGAUUUGAAAGAUUUCAAAAUCUCUGGGCCUUGGACAUACACCAAAAUCUUUUCACAGGUAUGAUACCAAAUUCCCUAGGAAAACUUCAGCAACUACAGAGAUUAUUGGUUGAUAAUAAUAUGUUAUCCGGAGAAAUUCCAGAUAUCUUUGGCAAUCUUACACGACUCUUUCUGCUGACAAUGGGGUACAACCAGUUCUCUGGUAGAAUCCCCACAAGUAUUGGAGAGUGCCAGAAUUUAAAGAGACUGGGUCUAAGACAGAACAAGCUCAAUGGUAGCAUACCCAAGGAGAUUUUCAGACUUCAUGAUAUAAUCGAGAUAUAUUUGGCGCAUAAUGAACUAAGUGGUUCUCAGCCCGCCCUAGUUGAAAGUUUGGAACACCUUGAGGUCCUGGAUGUUUCUAAUAACCAGCUGUCAGGAAAUAUUUCAACAACAAUUGGUUCUUGCUUAAGUCUGCGUAGUUUCAAUAUUGCCACAAACAAACUCUCAGGUGCCAUACCAGUGUCGAUGGGUAAAUUAAUAGCAUUGGAGAGCUUGGAUCUUUCUUCCAACAGUCUGACUGGACAAAUCCCCGAAGAGUUACAGGAUCUUUUGUAUUUUCAGAUCUUAAAUUUGUCUUUCAAUGACUUGGAAGGACCAGUUCCAAGAAAAGGUGUUUUCAUGAACCUUACCUGGCUUUCUCUUACAGGAAAUAAUAAGCUCUGUGGUAGUGACCCUGAGGCUGCAGGAAAGCUGAGAAUCCCCACAUGUAUCACAAAAGUGAAGUCAAAUAGGCAUUUGAUACUCAAGAUUGUGAUGCCAGUUGCCAGCUUUACCCUGUUAAUGUGUGCAGCCUGUAUCACAUGGAUGCUGAUCACCCAAAACAAGAAAAAGAGGAGAGGAACAACUUUUCCAUCUCCUUGUUUCAAGGCGUUGCCGCCAAAGAUAUCAUACUCUGACAUCCAGCAUGCUACAAAUGAUUUCUCCGCAGAAAAUUGGGUAGGAAAGGGAGGCUUUGGAUCUGUAUAUAAAGGAGUUUUCAGAACUGGUGAAAAUGGGGUCAACACCAUUUUUGCAGUGAAGGUUAUCGACUUACAACAAGGUGAAGCUUCUGAGAAUUUCAAUGCAGAGUGUGAAGUGUUGAGGAACAUUCGGCAUCGAACAUUCCACUUUUGA